CCCACCCAUUUUAAUGCUGCAGUACUUGCUCCUUUUUCUACUUCUAACUGCUGUUCAUUGUACAGCAGAGCCUAGCACUCGUAAUUCUUCUAAAUGGAGUCAUUAUAUUCAACAAUACGAGAAUGCUAUCAGUCUGCAGGGUAAUACAAGUCACACCUACACUUGUGGUGGAGAAUAUAUGGGGGUGUUGGAAUCUGAUCUUGGAGUCUGGAGGGAGAGAGGAGGGAUAAAGAGAGAGGAGUUCAUCCAUGCUAAAUCAAAAGGUGUUCAUUAUCAGAUUGUCAAUGGGAAACUCUACAGAGAGAAGGACUGUCUUUUUUCGUUUAGAUGCAAAGGAGUCGAGCACUUUAUUUUAAAUAUCAUCGAGGAUUUACCAAAUAUGGAAUUAAUUAUUAAUGUAUUCGACUAUCCUAAAUCUCAUAAAUAUCAUUCGCCAUUGCCUGUGUUUUCAUUCAGUAAGACGGUACAUUAUUGGGACAUUAUGUAUCCUGCUUGGACGUUUUGGUCAGGAGGUCCGGCAGUGAGCGUUGAGCCAACUGGUCUUGGACGUUGGGACUUGAAACGAAUAUCAAUUACCAAAUCUGCUAAGCAAUGGCCAUGGGAUAAAAAGAAAUCAUUGUUAUUUUUCCGUGGCUCAAGGACAAGUAGCGAGAGAGACUCUUUGAUAUUAUUAUCGAGAGAUAAGCCUCAUCUUGUUGAUGCUGCGUAUACUAAAAAUCAAGCUUGGAGGUCUAGUAAAGUAAUCCUUGCUUUUGCUUAUCAUUGUAAUGCUGCUUUGAUACUCUUAACUUUACAGGAUACGCUAAAUGCUCCACCAGCCGAUGAAGUUAAGCUUGAGGAACACUGCCAAUACAAGUAUUUAGUUAAUUUCCGUGGAGUUGCUGCUAGUUUUCGUUUUAAGCACUUGUUUCUCUGUCAUUCAGUUGUGUUCCAUGUCGGUAAGGAGUGGAUUGAGUUCUUCUACCCUGCACUAAAACCUUGGAUACAUUAUGUACCAUUGACCACAGACACUGUUGACAUACAGGAUAUGAUUGAUUUUGUAAAAGACAACGAUGACAUAGCGAAGAGCAUAGCAGUGAGAGGCUUUGAGUUUGUAUGGAAUAACUUAAGACCCGAAGAUGUAGAGUGCUAUUGGAAAAGAUUGUUAAUUGAAUAUUCUAAACUAUUGCUUUGGACUGUCGAUAAGGAGAGAGAUUACAGUUUGAUAUCUUGAGAAUAAUCAUUGACCCAUGAA